AUACCGAGCGGUGCGUUCCGUCGGUUGCACAACGUCCACACGCUCAAUCUCCACAGCAACAAGAUCGAGGCAAUACCGCGACAGGCCUUCACCGGCCUCUCCAACAUGUCCCGACUGAGCCUCUACGACAACAACAUCGCCAAAGUGGACGACGACGCCUUCUACGGUCUGCCCAGCCUGCUCAGUCUGAACCUGAUGCAGAACCAUCUGACUGCGGUACCAUCGAAGGCGAUUCAUUCACUGACCGCGCUUGAGCGACUGGAGCUACAAAUCAACCACAUCACCGACAUCAAGACCAACGACUUCACAGGACUGAGCAAGUUGGACAGCCUGCUGCUGGAAAACAACCGGAUCAAGGCACUACCAGCGCGCGCCUUCACCGAGCUCAGCCAGCUGACUAAGCUCAACAUCGAGCACAAUCAGGUGGCCUACAUCGACAAGCUCGCCUUCCAGGGACUCGAGCAGACUCUGGAAUGGCUGUCACUGGGGGACAACAAGAUCUUCGGCAUCCCCACGCAGGCGCUCCGCGGUCUUCACCGGCUCAAGCAGCUCGACCUCAAGCACAACAACAUCUCCAUCAUUCCGGAGGACGCAUUCGAGGGCUUUGGGCAGUCGCUUAAGUUCUUGUGCCUGCAGAAAAACCACAUCAAGACCAUCCCGCCGGGCACCUUCAUGCAGAUGCACUCGCUGGAGUGGCUGAAACUCAGCAAUAACGAAAUCACCACCAUCCCACUGGAGACGGUGGAGAGCUUGCUGGACUCACUCGAAGUCAUUGACCUUUACCAGAACCCGCUGGUAUGCAACUGCGAGCUAGUCUGGUUCAAAGAGUGGAUCGACCGGCAUUCGGACGACGAAGAGUUCCAGACGUUACACCACGAGCCGCAUUGCCGCAAGUUCGACAGCAAGCACAUUGUGAGCGUGAAGAAGCUGCCCGCCUCCGAAUUCAACUGCCCGACCAGCGGGCAGCCGUCGGCUGCGGAGGCGGCCGCCUGGCCGGCGUUGCUGGCCGCCGCCUGCGCCGCUGCCCGACGCCCGCAGUAGCUCCACCCCGCCCUCCCACGCUCGGACAGCGGCACGUCCGCCGGCUUCCGGGCGUGACGGGCGCAGACGUCAGACGACGCCCAGCUGGAUUUCGUCGCCAUUUGGACCUGGCGACCCGAAUAUGGCGGCAUCCUGGGAAGCCGAUCCGAAUACGGCGGCGUCGUGGGAGGUCGAUCCGAAUACGGCGGCUUCGUGGGAAGUCGAUCCAAAUAUGGCGGCUUCGUGGGAAGCCGAUCCCAAUACGAAGGCUUCGUGGGAGGCUUUUAGUCCAGAUUCAUGUGCGGCGUUACAGAGGCACUCAAAGCAAAAGGGCAGCCGGAGGGGUUUCCGUUUGACGUAGAAACGAGAGCAAGAGAAGUGGAUAAUCGCUUCGGCGAGCCAGUUUACCGUCGGAUAGCUGCGGGACCUUGGAGCAUUUACCGCAAAGUGCGUAGAACUCUCCGGCACUCCAAGCUGAGCUGCGACAGCCAAACAGGGCUCAAGCAUCUAAAAAGGUUUGUCUUAAAUUUAUCUUCGAACCGCUGGCCAAUGAGGAAACGUAAAAAGGAAACAAGAAAAACUAAGCGUGAACGAUGGCAUCUUAAAAUAAUUACACAUGUAAUUAUUUGAACUUAUGCCAUUCAAGCACAUUGGGUGCACCUAGGAAGUAAGAAGUGAUGGCAGAAUCUCUCCGAGGGCAUGAAGCCGACACGGUCGAUGGCCCCCUAAAUAAGCGGCGUAAGCGGCGCAGUCGCGUUCAGGCCUGGAAAAUUACGAAGUUUCACCGACCGGGUUCGGGGAAAACCUGCCCGUCGGCAAGAGGGGCCCCAGCCACCCUGUCCGCCAGGUGGGGAGUUUCACCCCGUCCUCGCAUGCGUGGCAUGCUCGCCGGGCGGACCACGAGACCAGCGCGGCAUGUAACGCCGCAGCGUGCAGGGAGUGUGCCACGCCCACGCCCGUGCCGCACACAUGCGCACGCGAGCAGCCGCGACUAAGAGGGGCGCAAGGGGAGGAGGUGGCUGUUUUCAAAGCCAGUCGUGUGGCUUAGCUGUGUCAAAUGUUCCACCGCGCACGUGCCCGUCUUGGCGCUCGCUGGCGACGGGCGUGUGCGCGCAUCGCGGCGGCCCGCCCGCCAGGCCUUGCUGCCUCCGUUCGCGGCACGCGCAUCAGCAGCUCAACAGCCUGCGCGAGACUGCGGUGACGGUGCGGCCCGGCGAGCCACCGGAGGGGCAGGCGUGGGGCUCGAGCCCGGCCGGCCGCUGCUCCCAGUGGCAGCGCCGGCCGAGACUAACCGCGGCCACCGUCGGCAGGCCGCCACCGCAGCGCCCGCACCCAGCGGCCGACGCGGCGCGCUCGCUCGCCGCAGGCAUCAGUUGUGAUUUGCCAAGGUGUUACCGCUCGGCCGGUACAAAGAUCAUAUCAUUGGUGGCCUCCGUGUGUUCCGUCUCCGGCGCGGCUGUCGACCGGUGGCAGCCGGCCGCCGCUAGGCUAAGGUUUGCUGUUGUUUCGGUUGUCCGCUCUACGUCACUGCUGUUGCUUCGUCUCCUGCGCCAGUUAGCGCGUCGUUUUAGCUCCGUGAGCGUUGCCGUUAGCGAGCUAUCGGUGUCGUGUUCUCUAUUCCCUCCCUGCGGUUUGACGCGACCGGGGCACCUCCCACUGCCCUCGGGAAGGUGGACGGGUGGCGACGCUCCACUCAGAGGACGGCGCCGGGGCCCCGAUUGAGGCCGGGGGGCGCCUGGCCCGCCUGCGGCGGCAGCGACGACGCAGGCCAGCUCUCGGCCAGCAAGACAAGGCCCUGGCUCAUCCCAAGUCAGUCGAGAUCGCCACCCCGCCACGCAGAGGUGCCCAAGGCUCGCCAGCCGUUUCGACACUGUUGCCGCGUGCGUUUUGAUAUAGUCGAUCGUUAUCGCUGUUCCAUUUCUCCGUAUCUGGUAUGACCAAUGUUGCGGUCCUGGCGAUGAUCCGCGUAUUUUUCUACAGAAGUGGGGCUGCUAUCGAGGCAGGACCGCAUCAUUGCUGCGCAUACCUCGGCUUGCUAUAUACCUCUCAAUUGUCGUGAAUAAAGUACGAUCUACA